UUACGAGCUGGAAUGGAAUCGAGGCCACUGGAUGGACUUGGAGGACUUGACCACGUCUCUCUGAAUGUCACCGAUGAGAUCGUGGACACCGUCAUUGUGUCGACACCCACAGCCCCCAUACCGACGUCGACCAUCGGGCCUAAUGUGGCCACGCCCGUGAUUUCGAGACCGGCGAUGUGGGCACCAUUUCCAUGGGGAGUCGCCACUAGCGCUACGGGUGCCGUUCCGUGUCAAGCCUCCAGGUGCCCUGUGAUGACCCGCCGCCACGUUGGAACUUAUUCCUACCGCCCCGUUGUUCCCCUAGACAAACCAACCGCCGAAGAGAAGCCUCUUGUGCCACGACCGGUACCGAUACUGCCCUGUCUGAGUCGCCAGUCGGUCCAGUCGUGCUAUGCACACCCGCGGGACACCCGGCGGGAUGGAGUGGACCUGGUGCGCAAAAGCCGUACCCAGGACGUUUCUGGAGCAUUUUUCCGCCGGACAAGAUGCUCAGCGUGCUGCCGGAAAUGCUCACGGAUAAGGCGUUGGAAUGGUACCGAAACAACCGAGCUCUCUGGUACCCCUGGGAUGACUUCGUCGAAGAGUUCCCCGGAACCGUGCGGCUGUCUACAGGUGCCACCUUCAAGACCGCAACUUCUGUCAAAUGUUGGAGAUGUGGAGAAACUGAGAAACCGUUGAACACGCGUCGUUUUUCGUCUCCGCUAGCCCCCCCUGGCCCCCCUUUCCGUCCCAGCGCGAUUUUGUUCCAAGGUCCAAGAGGAGCCCGUCCUGAAGGAAGUCGCCGUCCUGCAGGAAACGACCGUCCUGGACGUUUUAUUCUUUCUGUCUUUUGUUGUUAACCGAAUUGUUAUUUGUUUUUCUUAAAUUUAGCCGUGGAUUAUUUUAGCUGUGUAACUGGUGGCAGGGAAUAAAAACUGGAUUUAUUAUUAAUUUUCCCCUGUUUUAUUUUAUCUCCUGUUUCCGCGGCCGCUCAUUUGACCAUCUGGAGAUACGUGUCUGGCUCCCGAGCAUCCCAGAGGCGUGAAGGUUACCUCAUAAGCCUGGU